UCUAUCAUUAUCGACCCAAAAAAACCAAAAAAAUGCGCAGCAUGUCAAUUCAACGUCAAAUUUACAAUGUUCCCGUGCAUUUUCCAGCAAUGAAGUUGGACUGCUGACGAGGUCGACUACACUGUACAUUGAUUCUGAUGGAGUGCUAAAAUCCUGGGGGCUGCUUACAGUGAAGGCAAUUCAAAGGUUACCACGAGACAAAUCUAUGUCCAUAGGCUUGUCUGGAAUAAGAAUUCCUUGUCCAACUGCUUGACUACCCAAAAGGGCUAAGCACCGAAAAAAUUCUGAGAUCCUUGAUAAGGUGCACGAUUCUCUCCUCAUUUCCUUUUUUUCUUUUGAGUUUGAAAACCAGAAAAGAUGUUUGUUCCUAAAGUAGGGGUUUCUCAAUGGCUGGAGCAAAUUAAAAAUACACAAAAGCAUGGAGAAGAGCAAGGGAUAGCAUCUCAUGUGCAUCCAUACAUUUUCACCAUACCAGAGCCCUUGCGUAUUGAAAGGCCAGAAGCAUACCUGCCUCAGGUAGCUUCUCUAGGACCUUAUCAUCACCUUAGGCUUGAACUCUAUGAGGCUGAAAGAUAUAAAUCUCGGCUUACUGUCCAAGUUGAGAAACGAGCAAAUGGAACUUUCGAGGAUUUGGUUAAAGAGAUAAUUGGUAUGGGGGAGGAGAUAAGGAACAGCUACAAUAAUCAUAUUGAAUGCGGCAAUGAAGUACUAGGGUGGAUGAUGGCUCGAGAUGCUGUGUUUAUUCUGGAGUUUAUUGGCUGCUAUAAUGAAUGUCGGAGCCCACGAUUUCAACAGGCAAACCCUUAUUUUCAAAGCAUGGAUGAGGUUUUUCACCCAGAAAGAAAGAGCCCAUUGUUCUUCCCACUUCAGGCUGAUAUUUUUAAGCUUGAGAAUCAAGUCCCACUCUUCAUUUUGAAAAAAGUUCUGGAAUGGGAGACUGGCUCAGGAACUCAAGCAUUGGACAAACUCAAAUCUACAAUAUCACAUGCCUGUAAUAUGUUCUCCCCUUUCAUACAUGUUGGAGAGUCAUAUCGUUCCAUUACAGUGGCACAAUUCAAUAGUUCCAUUGAUGAAAGACAUAUACUGGAAUGCCUUUACAAUUUUGUUGUCUCAAAGAAGAAUGCUGGUCAGGUUACGGUCUCUGUCGAAGGUGAACAGAAUAGAGCCAUGGUUAGGUCGAAAAAAAUUCACUUCCUUCACCAGAUAACAUCAAGAUUUAGAGAGCUUUUGUCUCCAAAAUCAUAUAUCAAAGUUGACAAAAAUCUGCCUUCGGCCACAGAAUUACACAAGAGAGGAGUAAAAUUUGCACCUUUUACAUGGGCAUCUGAAGAAAUAAGAUUUGAUAGAGCCAGCUCUACAAUGUUCCUUCCUUGUAUAGAAAUGGAUUACAGAACAGAUGUCUUCUUGAGAAAUAUGGUAGCAGUGGAAGCCUUCAUGACGUGUAAAAGCAGAGUGUUUACUUGCUAUGCAGAUCUGAUGGACAAACUCAUUGACACUCCUUCUGAUGUUGCAGUGCUUAAAAGGUAUGGAAUCAUCAGCAGCAACUUGGGAAGUAGUAAAGAAAUAAGCAAUCUGUGGAAUGGCAUUCGCAGAUCAAUAUGGAGGAGUGCAUAUGAGCCUACAGACCAAACUAUCAAGGAUGUCAAUGCUUAUUACAGAAGUAGAUAUGGAGUUUUACUAGGUGAGUAUUUCCAGGAACAUUUCUCGAAGCCAUGGCGAGCUGCAUCAGUGUUGGGAGCAUGCACUCUGCUUGUUCUAACUUUCUUGCAGACAUUGUUCUCAUAUUAUCAACUGCCCAAACACUAUAAAUCCUUGUAGAUAUAUUUUCUUCAAGUGGCCUUAUCUGUCCCAAAAGCUUUGUCAAUUCAAAGUAGGCUUUCGGUUGAAGCCACCCCAGUGAUGUGUUUGUAAUUUUCGAAUCAGCCCUGUGUUUUACUACCAUUGCUAGUUAUUUUGGUGACAUGCUUUUUAGGCAAGGUCAUCUCUACAUCAUGUUUGUUAAUUGUGUCAUGUCUUAAUUUACAAGAUACCUUAGUGACAUCCCUAUGCCAAGAGUUUUGUAGUAAGAUUUCAUGUCUGGUUUACUGAAACUCAAAGAAAAUGUGUCUGUAAUUCCUAGUUUUUAUAAUAUAUCAAAUCAAGUUGAGUAGACACACUUGUAUA